AUGAUGGUGAAGUCAAUCCAAUUGAAACGUACUGGAGCCCCAAUGAGAGUGAAGAUAAAGACGGCUUAUCUCAGAGGCCGUAAGCUUCACGGCAAAGUUGUGAAGUUGCCGGAAGGAUAUCAUGGUUCCGUGGUUGAGAAGUCAACGCCAAAGAAGCCGGACCAAAGCCAAGAGGAAAUGGUUGAGGAUCUUGAAAUUAUAGAAGACCCAGAGGACCAGCUCGAAGUAGGCGCAAUGCAAGGAAAAGCAACAUUUGAUGAAUUCGUGGUUUGGAAUCACGAGACCUUGGCCAAUUCGACUGAAGAUCCGUACUUGAGAGGUAUGGAAGAAUGGAUAUCUUUUGCAGGGCAGAUACAUUCAUAUCCUUCUGGAAAAGCCUCAGAUAACUAA